GAAAUAGAAAUCACAUUAGCUGUCAAAAAACUGACAGCAAAGUCGAUUGAUUUUUGUCGCAGUAUUACUGUUUUUAUUAUAAUUAAAAAUUAUAAGUGCAUUUCAGUGCAAGUUUUGGUAGCCCCCAUGGACGUUUAGCGGUGCGGGAGCUGUUGAAACCUUUUUAUCGGUCCCUAAUAGUACUAAGCAGCCAUGCCGGGCACAAACCUCAUAGUGCCCGUAGUACUAUGGGGAAAGCAUGCCCCCACUCACUGCGUCUCCUCGGUCUACCUAUCCCGGGACCAGAAGACUCUAGUCACCGGGUGCUAUGACGGACAGAUCUGUAUUUGGCAAGUUGACCCGGAUAACUUGAAGAUGACGCCCCGAUGUCUGUUAGUUGGUCAUACGGCUCCCGUCACUUGUUUGUCUAGGGCUUCUAUUAUACAGGACAAUAACUUCAUAGUGUCAUCAUCGGAAGCCGGUGAGAUGUGCACGUGGGAUCUGGUCGACGGUAAAUGCAGGGAGAGUGUUAAACUGUCACAGAUACACACUAAUAUACAGGCAUACCACAUGUGCAACAGUGAAGAUUUGCGUCUGUUCUGUAACGGGUAUUACGCAGAGAUUCUGAUCAUGGACCCGUUCUCUCUAGAGAUACUGUUCUCUCUGAGCUCUAAGAUGAACCCUGAUUGGAUAUCCGCUUUGCAUGUCCUCCGUCCAUCUUCAAGAAAAGAUGAUGUUGUUCUAGCCAUAUCAAUUACUGGGACUGUUAAAGUAUGGUCUCUCCUAGGCCACGAAAACAAGCAAUCGGAACCGAUUUACGAGAACGAAUCGAAACAGAUUCGCUGUCUCAACGCUUUGUCACUCAACUGCUGUGCUUACAACCAGAGGACUGUGCUCAUAGUCUGCGCUAAGUACUGUCAGAUAUAUGAUGCUGGUGAUUUCUCAGUCCUCUGUUCGAUACAAGCGCCGUCAGGCGAGCGCUGGAUGUCGGGCGACUUCCUCGCGCCCGACAGAGUGCUCGUAUGUUCUACUGAAGGCAAAGGAUAUUUGUAUAGGUUGCCUGCCAACAAACUACGAGGACGGGCUAUCAGUAGCUCGGUCCCCGAUCACAAAGGAUUUCACGGCCCUACCGUGGAUCAUGAUAGUCCAGUACUGUUUGGCAUUCUUGCUCAUCCGGAUAAUAAGCUCCUAUCCUGUCCCCCCGCCAUGCGUUUCGUGAUAACAUCAGUGGGCGGCAAGCAGCGUCGGCUGCUGCUCCGCGGCGACUCCGCCGGCGUGGUCUCCGCCUGGAGUGUAGAUGAUGCCGCCAUGCCCACUCCUCAUCAUACUCCUUCACACGCCCCAAUCGUGAUGACGAGUUUGGACAUAGCGUGGGAAGAUAUGAAUCCCAGUCCCGUUGGUAUAUUGGACCAGUUGAAUCAUCCUGAAGAACAAGAAAUAAAACUAACAGCCUCCAUAUAUCUUCUGGCUGCUAAUCGUCUGGUGGUGGGCAGAGAAGACGGCUCUAUAGUCAUAGUGAACGCGACACAUACGGUGCAGCUGCAACUGUUGCAUGGCAAUCAUCAGCAGCUAGAUGACUGGCCUCCCCACCAGUUGUUGCUCGGUCACAUUGGGCGAGUCAACUGUUUGCUGUAUCCACAUCAUGUGCAUCAAAGAUACGACAAAUCCCACCUGGUAUCAGGCGGCAUAGACUUCGCAGUGUGUCUGUGGGAUCUAUUCAGCGGAGCGCUGUUACAUAGGUUCUGUGUGCACGCGGGAGAGAUCACACAGUUGAUUGUGCCGCCUCAUAAUUGUAGCCCUCGAAUACAGAAAUGUAUCUGCUCAGUGGCAUCAGAUCACAGCGUUACGUUACUAAGUUUGACAGAACGCAAAUGCGUAACCCUAGCCUCCCGUCACCUGUUCCCCGUGGUAGCCAUCAAAUGGAGACCAGCAGACGACUUCAUGGUGGUCGGGUGUAGUGACGGCACGGUGUUCGUGUGGCAGAUGGAGACGGGGCACGUGGAUAGAGUGCUGCAUGGUAUGAUAGCCGAGGAGGUGCUAUCAGCGUGUGAUGAGGCGUUAGCUGAUGACCUCGGCGGCGGCUCACUGGCGGGGGGCUCCAGUGACGGCCUCGCCAACCCUGCUGUGCACUUCUUCAGAGGUCUCCGCCACCGCAACCUGACGGCCAUGCGAGCAGCCACACAACGGGGCCUCGCAGCCCUACAGCACAGCGGCCCCGCCGGCAACGCGGGGCCCCUAGCCGAGCCUGCCCGCGCCAGGAGGGCCCAGCUCACCGUCCAGGGCUUCCGCAGCAACCCUGCUGAUCCGGAGAGCCACAUCCUAUUCUUCGACAUCGAGGGUCUGAUAGUGGAACUCCUCAGUGAGGAGUAUUCCGCCAUGAGUCCUGCUAGUUUGGAGGCUGCCGGUUUAAUAACGAGCGAGUACAUGAAGGUAGCAGCUUUGACGCAGUCGGCCAGCCCUGACGCCACCAAACGAAUAUCAGAUUUCUUUGGCCGUGUCAAAGAUAAGGCUGGAGAUAUGGAAAGGAUAUUAAAAGAAAAAGAUAAACAUGGUAUACUGGCUAAAAUGAAGGAGGGUGCUGAAAACAUGCAGACUAAGUUACAGGCGAAGGCCGAACAGCUGAAAGGUCAUCUUGAGGCUAAAGAUGAAGCCACUCAAGCCAAACGCCAAAGACCAAGGGACAUGUCGUUGGCAGAGCCACCGCAUACCAUGGAGAUAGCUCAGAUCCUGAUAUCCUUGCUGCACGCGUGGGGGCUGGACCCUGACCUUGAUAGGGUCUGUGAGUCCAAGUUGGGGUUAUUGAGGCCUAUGGUCCCAGUAUGCUUCGGCGUGGUAUCCCGUCACGGCCACAUGGCGGUCCAGCUCCCCACAUGGCUCGGUAGCUGGUCAGCGGCCUGCGCGUCCGCUCCUGAUGACCCUCUGCUCAUCACCUCUGAUUUACCACCCGAGCUGGUGCGGCAGGAGAAGUUGACUAGACUAUUCUCCUCGAAGCUCCACUGGGAGCUCAGCACAACUCUAACGACCAACCACCUCCUCUCCAUCGUGGCUCUUGCUAACACGCUGAUGUCUAUGAGUAACGCCAGCUUCGUGCCCGAACAGGAGGUCAUCAGAAGACUGCACAGACCGUCAACCAGGAGUUCCUCAUCAUGGGCGGCUGAUGAGGAGAGGGAGGAGCAACUGGCUGCACAGCAGGCUCACAUCAAGCAGGGCUGGUCACUCCUGGCCACCUUGCACUGUGUUCUACUGCCGGAUAAGGUGGUUGCCGCUGGCGCCAAAAGCUUCAAGCGUCCUCAAGUGGAGAUGCUCGCUCGUCGCUGGCAACAUCACUGCUUGGAAGUCAGAGAGGCGUCGCAGGCGUUGUUGCUUGCUGAAUUAGGACGCCUAGGUCCGAAAGGGCGUAAGACGCUGGUAGACAACUGGGCGCAAUUCCUGCCUCUAUACACACACACAGAGAGUAUAAACCCGCAUGCAGCACAUAAGGAACCCGCUGAGAAGGUGCAACAAGUUCAAGAAGAAGAAUUUGAAGAAGAAGAAGAAGAGAUUAUCCGCAAGCCGUCAUCUCUGGCUGAACUCAAGCGCAAGCAGACCACUGCUGUUGUGUUGCUGGGAGUCAUAGGCGCAGAGUUCGGACAGGAUAUUACUAGCGAAGGCGCCGCUGGCAACAAAAGACGGAAAGACGGCGACAGUCGCAAGAGCUCAGUAGUCGAAGGUUUCACCCUAAGCUCAUCGAACAACUUAGCCCGCCUCACAGCGCUAGCUCUGACCCACUUACUCCUUUCCCCCGCGUGUCCGCGCCUGCCCGCGCACACGCCGCUGCGACGAGCCGCUGUGGACCUGCUGGGUCGAGGGUUCACUGUCUGGGAACCUUAUUUGGAUGUUUCUCAUGUUUUGCUUGGUCUCCUUGAAAUGUGCUGCGAUGCUGAUAAACUGGUGCCUUCAAUGACAUACGGCUUGCCGCUCACUCCGCAGGCCGACUCGUGCCGCACCGCCAGGCAUGCGCUCACCCUUAUCGCUACUGCCAGACCAGCAGCAUUCAUAACAACAAUGGCUCGGGAGGUAGCUCGCUGCGCCGCCGCCGCGCAGUCGGGGCAGCCCUCGCCCGCGUACCUCGCGCUACAGAAGGGACGAGCCGAAGUGCUGAGAGGCAUCGAACUGCUCAUAGAUAGGAUGCAUAAUGAGGUCGCUGAGUUACUUGUAGAGGUAAUGGACAUAAUCCUGCACUGCGUGGACCAAUCCCAUUUGAAGAAUAAAGGCUUGAACGAAGUAUUUCCUGCCAUCUGCAGAUACAACCAGGUGUCUCACUGUCCAGCUACCAGGAGAAUUGCAGUGGGCAGUCACACAGGCCAGCUAGCGAUGUACGAGCUCCGAGCCGGACGCUGUCAGUCUCUCGCAGCCCACGCCGGCCCGGUCACCGCCUGCGCCUUCAGUCCUGACGGACGCUACCUCGUGUCGUACGCCACGGCUGAUAACCGGCUUUCCUUCUGGCAGAGUACUGCUGGUAUGUUUGGCCUAGGCGCAGCACAAACUCGUUGUGUGAAAUGCUACAGUACCGCUCCAAUGGCCGAUGUGGCUCGUUUGAACCCCGCUCGACUAGCGAGGCUCGUUUGGACUAACUCCAGGACAGUCACUCUCAUGCUAGCAGAUGGGUCAGAGACCAGAUUUAACGUGUAAAUAAAAUUUUCAUGUCAAUUGUAUGAAGUUAGAAUGUUAACUGUUAGAAGAAGAUAUAAUUGUUGUUUUUUUUUGCUUGUUACUUGUUUCGCAUAAUAUAUUAUGUAUUGUAUUGUAAACAAUUUAUAUCCACUGUUUUUUAUUGUAAUUCCGCUGAAACUAUAAUUGAUUUAUAUAAUGUAUCCUAGUGGUAUAUUUUUCACGCACAAUACUUAUAACCAUUAACUUUUGCAGAAAAAUAAUUAUAUUUUCAUAUGAGUUAUGCUAUCAUCAUCUUUAAAGAAAUACCGUCGUACCACAGAAACUUUUAAACGUCAGUUAAACACUUGUCUAAAAAAAUGCCAGAUUAUGAUUUUGAAAUAAGGUCCAUUUUGCAGCCACACUUUUUUAGACAAGUGUUCGACACAUGUUUAUGUUUUGGUAGUAAGACUAAUAUGCUCUAAGUUUGUAUAUCAUAAUACUGUGGGUUGCACCAUUUGACUAUAACGAUAACCGAACCAUUUUCAGUUGUCAAAUCGCCGAUGUGACCAAUGGGCGGCAAGUAUACGGCUGGUUAUGGUUUGGUUAUCGUUAUAGUUAAAUGGUGCAAAUCACACUCAUACUACUGAACUGAUUCCAGAAAUUAUAUCACUAUUAAAAAUAUUCAUAUAGCCUGAAUGCUCGUCUAAAACUUAUUAUUAAAUUAAUACAAUAAGUAUUGAUUAUCGAAAUAUACUUCUUUAUUAAUAUAAAAAUUAAACUAUGUUUAAAACAUAUAAAAUGUAUGUUGUCUAAUAUAAAUAUUGUUACCAUCCAAAAUGUAUAUUAAUGAAUAACUUAUUUAUAUUAAUGCUUAAUAUUUUAUUCAUAAGCUGGGAUUGUAAAUGGAGCUUAAAAGAUACACUUAUCAAUACUAAUAUAAUACAGAGAAAAUAUACUUUUGUUUGCACCCUACAGGUUCCGAAACUACGGAACCGAUUUGAAAAUUCUUUCACUGUUGGAAAGCUACACUCUUCCCGAGUAACAUAGGCUAUAUUUUAUCCCGGUACGGGCAGUAGUUCCCACGAGUCGCGAAAUGAAACCGCGGGAGAACGACUAAUAGAUUGAAUUCCAUAUUAAAAAACUUUUCACUUAGAAAUGUCCUUGGGUUAAAUUAAAGUUUCAUAAAUGAGUUCAGAACAAUAAUAUUAAAGCGUAGCUUUCUUAUUAAGCACAGCCUUGUCUGUAAUUCUGUAAUAUACUACAAUUAAUGUACGAAUGCUUAUUUGUUAAUUAUUAUUAUUAUAUCUAGUUGUCGCAAGCGCGGCUGCUGUGCACGAGGUCUCGGGUUCGAUUCCCGUGUCUUUGUGGAUUAAAGUAGGUGUUUGAUACACCCGUGCAUCGGAGAGCACGUUAAUGUCGGUCCUGCGCCUGAUCUCUCUCCGGUAGUGACGGAUUGCCGUCCCAUCGCGCUAUGAGAGUGAAGAAAUAGUGAGUGCACCUGUGUCUGCACAAAUGCUCGUGCACUAUAAUAUGUCCUGCGCAGCUGGCUGAUCUCCUUAUAUGAGAACAGCCGCCGUGGCCGAAGUCGACCUUGGACGUAUUGUUAUUAUUCUUGUGAAACUCGCCCGAGUACCUAAAGUGUUACCAGCACAGUCAUACUUAAUGUAAAAAAGGUACAAUAAUGACUUUAAAAAUUAUCAUAUUAUUCCAGCGACGAGAUAGAUAAUACACAUUUCGUCACUAUUAAUGUAUAAUUAAUAUAAUUGUGUAACUGUAAAUUAUUAAUUAAUGUGUGUAAAUGUUAAUUAAAUAAAUUAAUUAUUAACUCUACUAUAACCCCACACUGUAUUAAAAUGUUAUAAUAAACUGUGUAUUUAUUCCAAAGUUAUAAGAAAAAAAAAAAAAAUUAUGUUUGUUCUGCAAAAUAAAAGAAUGCAUUUUUCUUUUUUGUUGUAAAAUGUGACGUUUGGAUAUUGUAAUGAAGUAUUAUUUUGUUGAAUUGAUGUUGUUAUUUUGUAUAUUGUAAGGCACUGUAAUCAAUGUUAUAUAAUAUAAUAAAUAAAUAUGUUACAUUUA